AUCCCAGCCAGGAGCCCAGUGCAAGGCUAUUUAUAGCCCUGGCACCUCACUGUCACCAGGAGCUCUGUGUGCUGUGUCAGAGCUCUGCUUGCCUCUCCCAUGCCCUCUCACAGGCCCUUGCUUCUCUCAGCGUGGAAAAGAAACAUUCCCAAUGAAGACCUUUAGUUCUGAGGAUAUUUGAAGAGGGGAAGUUUGGAGAGCCACCAUGGAUCGCAGGGCUGAGGAGAAGCGAAAGCAGCGCCACAGCUUGGCUCUACUGGAGCAAGUCAAGAGCAUGAAGGAAUCGACACAGAUCAUCGAUGUGGUGCUGGUUGCAGAAGGCGAGAGGUUCCCCUGCCAUAAGGUGGUGCUGGCUGCCUUCAGUGCCUAUUUCAGAGCCAUGUUCACGUGUGGCCUGGCAGAGUGCAGGCAGAGGGAAGUGGUGCUGCAGGACGUGUCAGCCGAGAGCGUGUCCGUGAUCCUGCACUACGUGUACAGCGCCGAGCUGCGCCUCACCAGCCUCAACGUGCAGACCGUCGCCCUCGCUGCCUACUUCCUGCAGAUGGAAGAGGUUUGCAACAUGUGUCAGAAGUACAUGAUGGACCACAUGGAUGCUUCCAACUGCGUGGGCAUCUAUUACUUUGCAAACCACAUCGGGGCGGAUGAUUUAUGUGACCAAGCGAGGAAAUACGUGUAUCAGCAUUUUGCUGAGGUGAGCUUGCAGGAAGAAAUACUAGAGAUUGAAUUCCAGCAGCUGCUGACUCUCAUCAAAUCAGAUGAUCUGAAUAUUUCCAGGGAGGAGAGCAUUCUGGACCUCGUCCUUAGAUGGGUCAAGCACAGCAGAGAGUCACGUUCAGAACACCUUGUCGAGCUCCUCAAGCAAGUGAGGCUGGUACUCGUCAGCCCCUCUUUUCUUGUGGAAGCCCGGAAGAGGAACACAAUGAUUCUGUGCAAUUCAGAAUGCAGUGAUAUGUUUGAGGAAGCACUGAAAACCAUCCAGCUGUCCAGGCACCCUUCCCUCAGCCUGCGAUACGGCAUGGAGACUACGGAUCUCCUGCUCUGCAUCGGCAACAACUACCUCGGCAUCAGGUCCAGGCACGGCAGCUAUGCAGAUGCCAGCUUUUGUUUCGCUCCUGCGACACGAAAGACCUACUUCAUUUCCUCCCCGAAGUAUGGAGAGGGCUUGGGAUGUGUUUGCACUGGUGUUGUCACUGAGAAAAAUGAUAUCAUUGUGGCAGGCGAGGCAAGUGCCGUCAAAAUGUCUAGACAAAGGACCAGGAGCAUUGAAAUUUAUAGAUACCACCAGCGAGGAAACCACUUUUGGCACAGCCUGUGCACCACUCAGCUCCGUGAGCUCUACGCACUGGGCACCGCCCACAAUGACCUCUACGUAAUAGGAGGGCAAAUGAAAGUGAAAAAUCAGUAUCUGGUCACAAACUGUGUGGAGAAGUAUUCCAUGGAGCAAGGCACCUGGAGAAGCACAGCACCCCUGCCAGUGCCACUGGCCUGCCACGUGGUGGUGACAGUGAAGGACAAGCUGUACGUGCUGGGUGGAUGGACACCACAGAUGGAUCUGCCUGACGAGGAGCCGGAUCGAUUGAGUAACAGAACGUUUCGCUACGACCCGGGCCAAGACAAAUGGGUGGAGAGAGCCCCAAUGAAGUUCUCCAAGUACCGCUUCAGCACAGCCGUAGUCAAUGGGGAGAUUUAUGUCUUGGGAGGAAUUGGGUGCCUUGGUUAUGACAGAGGACAGACACGGAAAUGUCUUGAUGCAGUGGAGAUUUAUAACCCUGAUGGAGACUUUUGGAGGGAUGGGCCCCCUCUGCCUUCUCCCCUCCUCUCCUUGAGAACCAACUCCACCAGUGCAGGCUGCGUGGAAGGGAAGCUGUACCUCUGUGGAGGAUUUCAUGGAGCAGCUCGUCAUGAAGUGAUCACCAAGGAGAUCCUGGAGCUGGACACGUGGGAGAACCAGUGGAACGUGGUGGCCACCAACGUCCUCAUGCACGACAGUUACGACGUGUGCCUCGUGGCUCGGCUGAACCCACGGGAUCUGAUCCCUCCUCCUCCAGAUUUAGUGGACCAAUAGAAGUUCAGGGACUCUCAGGGCUUCCAGAUUCUGCAGGGACUGAAGAAUUUGGGGAGAAAAAUGCUGCAUUGGCUCUGGAUCACAGCUGGGUCCCACCCAGAGGAAAGGGCAACACAUGUUAAAGGAUAUAAUUGCCUUUGAGCUGUGCUUCUCUGAUGAUGCUUAAUUUGAUAGUUCUGGUGCUCUGCACUUCUGUGCUUGAAAGCCAAGGUUGUCCAUCCUUUGUAUGUGGCUCUACAUCGUCAGUCUGACUGUGCAAGUUCCAGUGCUGGGUGAAGCCUGGGCUGCUGGGACUCUUUGCCUGACAGACAGAGUGGCAGCCCAGGGCUCAGCUCACAGCAGACACAUGGCAGAAAGCUUAAGUGGGGGAAAUCCCUCCUUUGCUGUUCAUCCCACUUGGAUCUACUAUCUCCCCAGGAAGCUAAGAAAUAGAGUAAGUCAGCUGAUGAAAAACAAGUGCCAGACUGUAAUUGACUGAUGCAAAGGUACAACAUAGAAAAGCCUUUGUUUGAAACAAAAUCCCAUUAGCCAAGGUCCAUUAGCCAAGAACACCAGCUCCUGCAAACACUGUCUAAAGGACAGACACUACAGUCAAGACAUCCUGUCUUUGCUAAUAGACCUGAACCUGUUCUAGGAGAAAAUGAAUCCUUUGGCAGCAAAUCACAAAUGAGUCUUUCAGUAGGGUUGAUAGGCAGUCUCCAGCAAAGACAAGAAGAAUCUUAAAUUUUCACAUAAAUCCUAUUUAUUACGAAGCCUGGUAUGACCAGGAUCUUAGAGCUCAGUUAGGAAACUUCCCUUGAGAGAUUAAUAAGGGGAUGCCAACUAAAAAGUAAUAAAUGAGACCAGUAUUAUCUGCAUAUCAGCAUUGCAGCUACAGGGAAAGGAGAGAUGGGCUAAACAAUAAAUGUUUCUAUAAUAGCUUUAAUAGAGGCUAAUAAGGCUAAUUCUCCACCAACAGAAUUGGCUAUAAUCACAGGGAAGAGGAACAAUUCAAACAGUGCUUCUGAAGUCAGUGUUAGCCUUUGUAGGGCUUGCAGACAGUAGGUUAGAGUGAAAAUUGCUAUCCCAUUUGAAUUGCCAAUAACUAUUCAUCAGUUCUCUGGUGCCUGCCUUGCAGUGUAUCUGUCACUGCCUGGGCAGUGCAGACAGGAGAACUGGAAAUCUCAUGGUGCUCUUGGGCCACAGCUGUAAAUGGCAGCAUGCUGCAAUGCAGACUGCCUGCCAGAGGCAAACAUAAGACUAAACUGUGAUAUUGUGUGAGAAUAAUCACUGCCAGCAAAAAGUAGCUUUUGAUAACUACAAAAGCAGCAACAAAAGUGGGGAAAAAAAAGGCAAAAUAAAAAGGGAGUCCAUCAGGUAGUUUACCCAUAGUCACUUCCAGGAUUUGUAUUUUAGAUCAUCUCAAUUUUCUCUUUCAAUCAUGUUUUAGGCUGCAAAAAUGCCAGCUUUCUUUGUUCCUUUUUUGACUGCAGUGCUCUGCUUAUGGCAGAGAGAGAUGGAGAGGAUGAUCCAAAAGCCCUUUCCCAAUUUUGACUUUUGUUAUUCAGUAAUUAUUCUAUAAAUAUCCAGUGGGAAUAUUAAGCUGUCAUGUAAAAACUUUAAGAAGGAAGAGGACUAAUUUUUCCUGAUAACUCUUGUAGGACACUGAGGAAUGCUCAGACAAGAAGGGAUUUGAGGGGAAGGAAUUAAGGAAAACACAUAGAAAAGGAGUAAAUCCAUGAGCCUUACAGCUAAUUGCUUGUCUCCCUUUGCAUUUCCCAUCAGAAUGUGUGCCACAGCCUAAACAUGUACUCUUGUGUUUGCAUAAUUUCUGUAUUAUUCAGCCAUCCUUUUUUCUUUGCAUUGCUCAUAUAGGUUAUCAUCUGCCUAGAACAGAGUUGUGACAACCAUGAACUUCAGCAGUACAAAUCAGUGACCAGUUCCUAAAAUCUCAGCCCCUCUGGUCAUCAAGUGCAGUUGUAGGUGUAAGACCAAGAAGGCAAACUCUGCUUUAAUAAGUUUUUAAACAAAAUCAGUAGGAAGUUCUUCCAAUCAAUAACCCCCCCAUCCAACACUGGGAAUUCUUUGGCUUUUGUUGUUAUUGUGAAAUAAAGGUAAUUUUGUUUCAAUUUCUCUACAAGGCUCUUUAGGCAGCUGGAAGCAAUGCUCUUGAGCAUCCAUGAAGGGUUUCCUUGUGAAACUCCAAAUUCUGCAACUGUACCUACUGAUUUUGCCUUUUUAAUAUUUUUUUUUUUUGCCUUAAGGCAGAUUGUUUUAAAGGGAUUUUUUUUUAUCUUUGGUCUCUGCUCUGUGGUCUAUUCCUUACAGUCCUUGUGGUUUAAAGCCUGGGCUAAUCUACUGGAUUUCACUCCCUAAAAGAUAGUCUAUUUGGAAUAUUUCAAGGGAAGAAGGGAGAUAUUUGCAACCUUUCAUUAGUAAUAUUUGACCAUGUAUGUGAAA